GAAAAGAGCUGAAUCCGAAUCUACGUGUUGCUCCUUGAUGGAGACUAAUGCUGUCUUGUAGCUGCCGCUAAUUUAGCUACCAAACAUCAACAGGAAGUAACGGGUUACGAACCUUAAUGUCUUGCUCGUUAGGCUCUCCAGGCAUGAACUGCACCUUAGACAAGGUUCUGGCUGAUGCCAAGUCACUAGUGGAAAGGCUUCGUAACCAUGACAAUGCUGCAGAGAUGCUAAUCGAACAGACAACAUCCCUCAACAAGCGAGUGGAGGCCAUGAAGCAGUACCAGGAGGAGAUUGACACUUUGAACCAAGUUGCGCGACACCGACCUCGUUCCAGUCUGGUCCUGGGAAUCCAGCAGGAGAAUCGUCAGAUCAGGGAGCUCCAGCAGGAAAAUAAAGAGCUACGGACAUCUUUGGAAGAACACCAGUCUGCAUUAGAACUCAUCAUGACCAAAUACAGAGAGCAGGUGUUUAGGCUCUUGAUGGCCAGCAAGAGGGAUGACCCAGCCAUCGUCACACAACUGAAGGAGCAGCACACCACAGAAAUGCAGGCACACAUAGACAAGAUCAAUGAGAUGGCCUCAGUGAUGAAGAAGGCGAUAGAGGUGGACGAGGGUCGGAUAUGUGAUGAUGAGGAAAGAAUUAAACAGCUGGAGCUGGAAAACAGGGGACUACGAGAACUGCUGGGAAUCAGUCGUGAGGCUUUUCUGGUUCUAAAAAGGGAAGACGCAUCAGAGAGCACAUCGCUAUCACCGUUGCUGACCAGCGCAGACAUCAGCUCACGAAAGAGUUGAAGUUCCUGGCGACUGCCAGUCCACCUCUCUGUGCUGCUACUACUGUGUACAGUGUGUAUUGCCACUUACCACUUCACCUUUAACCCCACUGAUCUUGUGAUUCCCCCUCUCCUCAUUCUCUUGGUGCAUUUACAGCAUGACUCUCCAAAGCUGAAACCUAUGUGAUGAGUCAGACAAGAAGUGUGUCCACUUGUAUUUCUCAAUCUCUGUUGGUACUUCUAUUUUGUUUCCUAAUUUUGCCAGUGUGCAUGAGCCUGUGGUGCCUGUGUAGUGUAAAUGAAUAAAGGAAGGGCUUCGGUUGGAAUAAAUCGGUGAACAGGAAA